CAGUCCCCUCGCCAGACCCUGAGAGAUCAGUCAUCGCAGCCAUGACCCUGAGGCUCCUGCUGGCCCUGGCCCUCUGGGCAGGGGGCUCGUCCUGCGGGGGAAGGGCAGUGUCUUCAAGCCAGCCUCGGGUGCAGUGCCGUGCCUCUAGGUACCCGGUGGCCGUGGACUGCUCCUGGACCCUGCCACCAGCUCCCAACUGCACCACAGCCACAACCUUCAUCGCCACAUACAGGCUCGGUGUGGCCGCCCAGGGGCAGAGCCGGCCGUGCCUCCAGCCGACCCCCGAGGCCACCGGCUGCACCAUCCCCGACGUCCAGCUGUUCUCCCUGUCGCCCUACGUGCUCAACGUCACGGCCGUGCACCCCGGGGGCGCCAGCAGCGGCUUCGCGCCCUUCGUGGCGGAGCACGUCAUCAAACCGGACCCCCCGGAGGCCGUGCGCCUGAGCCCCCUCCCUGGGCGGCAGCUGCAGGUGCGCUGGGAGCCCCCUGGGUCCUGGCCCUUCCCCGAGGUCUUCUCUCUGAAGUACUGGAUCCGAUACAGGCGUCAGGGAGCCUCCCGCUUCCGCCAGGUGGGGCCCAUCGAAGCCACUAGCUUCACCCUCAGAGCUGUGCGGCCCCAGGCCAGGUACUGCAUCCAGGUGGCAGCCCAGGACGUCACGGACUACGGGGAGCUGAGUGACUGGAGUCUCCCUGCUGCCCCCGCCAUGACCCUGGGCAGGUAG